AGGAACGCCUUUCCUUCAUCAGGUGGCAGUCGCAUUGAUGUUGACUAGAAUUCCUGUGCUUUCGUCGUGGCUAUAUAAAUCUAUCAUCGUGCACUUAAAUUUGAUUGGUUCAGCUUUCGUGUUCAUUUGAUUUGUUCAGCUUUCGUGUUCUUGUUCAGCUUUCGUGCGAGUAUAAUUCUUUGAUUUAGAUUUAUAUUGGGAGCACUAGCAUCUAUCGCUAUCCUAAUCGAAAAAACACGAUGUCAGCUCCUCCCGCUGCUCCUGCCGCGGCUGGGCUUUUCCCGCCUGGCGUCCCUGUGCCCACUGCUGGCGCCAGCGUCCUACUGGAGAUGGAAGAUGCCAAAAAGCGACAAGAUCUACCAGCAUUAAAGGUAGCUUUGCUCAAAGCCAGAAAGCUUCCAGGGGUCAACAUGGAAUGGAUCGAUAAUGCUUUAGUCGAAAUCGAGAACCUGGAGAAGGUGGCAACGGAUCAAGGCAGCACAGGCAUUCUAGACGUGGCAAAACAGUGCAAAGAACAGGGAAACGCAAAGCUGAAAGAAGCUGGUGGAACGAAGGCAGCUUUGAUCAAGCAAGCAGGAGAGCACUAUACACAUGGAAUAGCGCUCUUAUCGCAAUUCAUCGCGGCAAAGGAGAAGAAGGAGAAAGAACAAGCAGCUGCUGCUGGAGGUGAGAAGUCAGCAUCGUCCAGUGAUGCCCCUGGAGCCUCAUCGACAUCAGAUGAAGCAGCACCACCAGCAUCAUCAACCUCCUCAACUUCUACAACCUUAUCAGCAGAGGAGCAAGCAUCUUCAAAUACGCUCUUAGCUGACUGCCGGACGUUGCUAGGACAAAUGUACUCAAAUCGUGCACAAGUUUUACUGCACAUGAGAGAUUUCGUAAACUGUGUGGAUGAUUGCAAGAGGUGUUUAGCACAGGAUCCCAAGAAUAUGAAGGCAUUCUAUCGCGCAGCCCGUGCCUCGCUAUUGAACGGACUUUUCCAGCAAUCUUUGGAUUUCUGCACGAGGGGAUUGGAGGUAAGAAUAGAUAAUCUGAUAAAUUUGAGGAUUGUACUAGUGGACUUUUGAAUUCUGAUUAACCUCCUGCUGUGAUUCAUUGUAAAUGAAUAUGAUGAUAGGUACUUCUGAAAGAACCGAUUCUACUCCAUGAUCUUCUACUAUGCUUCCUCUAGUAUAUAUUUCAAAGAAAAUGCUUUCUCUAGUUAUCACAAAAAUAUCCACAGCUCACUCCCGGCGACGCCGAUUUGCAAAAACUCAAAGACUCUGCUGAAGGGAAACUUUCCAGCCAAAAAGCUAUCAAGGAGAAGAUCAACGUUUCACCGCAAGAACUUCUCGAGCUUCAAGAAAAAGCCAACACCGCUUAUCAGCAACUAACCCAACUGCGUCAACAGAUCAACCUGAAAAAGCAAAAGCGUCGCGCACAGGAAGCUUGCAAAGUCUACGUUAGCGAACUCGAUCCAGUGAAAAACGCACCUAGUCCCGAAGGGUGCUACGUUGGGUGUGGAAAGGCGUUUCUGAAGCGGGAGAAAGAGGAGCUAGUGGCAGAAAUCGAUGUCAUCAUGGCUGGAGUGGAUGCAGAAUUGCCCAAGAUGGAGAAGGCAGAAGAAGAAUUGGACGCCAGAUUCACAUCUGCGAAAAAAGAGUUCGAAGACAUCGUGAAAUACUUGCCUGCGAGUAGGCUGGGAAGGAAGUAAGGGAAGAUUAUCGUCGUUAUUUUGCUUGUCCUUAGAAGCUAUAUAAGAGAAGGGCAAGGGAGUAUGAUGGCAAUGGAAAUGCGUGAUCCCGAACUUCUAGACCUUCUUCCGCCACGACAGUGUGGCACAUGUUCUUCAUUUAAUGUUUUACCCUACCUCGUCCGAUAAAUGUUGCACUUUCAUCAGCUCCGAUUUUCUACCCUGUUUUCCCAUCCUUUCUUGAAGUUCAUCAUUUCCUCGAACAAAUGUAGCGAGUAACACCCGGUCGAGG